AUGGAACCAAAUGUUGUUACUGUCUCUAUUUUUGCACUGCCUGCUUCCAAUGACAUUAUCAAUGUCUCUGCUUUUACAAAUGUUUUAAAUGGAGACUUGGAAGAAGAAAUUUAUAUGGUUCAACCUAAUGAUUGUAUUGUUUCUGGUCAAGAAAAUAAAGUCCGCAAACUUCUUAGAUCAUUAUAUGGUUUAAAACAAGCUCCAAAACAGUGCCAUGAGAAAUUUGAUCAAGUUUUGUUGAGUGAUGACUUUAUCUCUGUUGAAGUUGAUAAUUGUAAAUCAAAAACUUUCAUUGCCUCUAAAUUUGAUAUGAAAGAUGUAGGAGAGGCAAAUGUGAUUUUGCGAGUUAGAAUCAUAAGGAAAAAUGAUAGUCCAAUGCUAUCACAAGAGCAUUAUGUUGAGAAGAUUCUAAGGAAGUUUGGACAUUUCAAUGUCAAACCAAGAAAACUUCAAGUCGGAGAAGAGGUAGAAAGUCAUGUACCGGCUGAGGCCACUGGCCAUUUACCGCCACAGGCUCCUCCUGGUGCUAGAAGGCUAGAGCAGGAGGUCUUAUUGCAGCAAUUAACAGAGAUUUUCAGGCAGGUGGCCGGAGUAGCUCAGCCCAGUGGCGGAGCCAGGAGCCUCCCUUUGCCAGUUAUAGUUCCACCACCGGCUCUUGCACCAGCACCAGCCAGGCCGUCUAUUGAUAAACUGAGAAAGUAUGGUGCUACAGAAUUUAAAGGACGAAAGGAAGAUGAUACAUCUGCAGCAGAAUAUUGGUUGCAAAGUACAGAUAGGGUGCUUCAACAACUACAAUGUUCCCCAGAAGAUAGUCUCGUAUGUGCAAUGUCACUACUGAAAGAAGAAGCCUACCAAUGGUGGGACACUGUGGCACAGACAGUGCAACCAAUACAGAGGACAUGGGAGUUCUUCUUGAAUGAGUUCAGAAAGAGAUAUGUAGGUGACAUAUAUAUGGAGGAGAGAAAAAGGGCGUUUAUCUAUUUAAGGCAGGGACGGAUGACAAUAGCUGAGUAUGAAAGGGAGUUUAUUAGAUUGAGCAGAUAUGCCAGGGAGAUGAUUCCUACAGAGGAAGCAAAAUGUAAAAGAUUUGAGCAAGGGUUAAACACUGAAAUCAAGAUGCUUCUAGUUGCUCUUCAGAUCAGAGAUUUUUCAGCACUGGUGAAUGCAGCUUUAAAUGUAGAGAAAGUGAGGGAAGAAUACCAGAGUAGAAGACAGAGGAGUCAGACUCACAGUCAGAGUCAGAGUCAAGGGCAGAUGAUAGCUUCACAGGGCUCUAGUAAGAGACAGAAAAGUUUUCAACCUACUAGAUCAAGCCAGUCUCAAAGGCAAGGCCAAAAAGCAGCUCAGAGCUUAGCAAGUGGAUCUAUUCAACAGACUGCUUCUGUGGCCAGUUCAGGAGGCUCAGGAAGAAGUCUUCCAUCAGAGUGCAACCACUGCAGAAGGAGACAUACUGGUACUUGCAGAUUAUUGACAGGAGCUUGUUUCAUAUGUGGCUCUAUGGAUCACAUUAUGAGGGAUUGUCCUAAGAAACAUACAGCCUCAGCACCAACAACAGAAAGAACUACACCAGUAACUCAGAAGACCAGAAGCAAAGGUAGAAGUGAGCCGACAGGUACCUCUAGUCAAAGAGUGUCAGAAACUGUGGAUAGACCAGAAUCUAGAGCACCUGCUAGAGCCUAUGCCAUCAAAGCUAGAGAGGAUCAGGAUUCCCCAGAUGUCAUCAUGGGUAUAUUUUCUAUCUUUGGCCGGUCUGUUCAUGCUUUAAUAGAUCCUGGUUCUACACACUCUUAUAUUUGCAGAAUCACGCUAAAGACACCGGAUGGUGAAGAAGUAGUAGUUGUGGGUGAGAGAUCAGAUUUUCUCUCCAAUGUUAUUUCUGCUACUGCAGCCAGAAGAAUGAUAAGAAAGGGUUGUGAGGCAUACUUAGCCUGUGUUUUGGAGGCUAAGAAGGAGAAACCUACUGUUUGUGACUUCUCUGAUGUCUUUCCAGAUGAAUUACCAGGAUUACCUCCAGAAAGAGAAGUAGAAUUUGCCAUAGAUGUUGUACCAGGCACUACACCCAUAUCAAUUGCUCCUUAUAGGAUGGCUCCCACAGAAUUAAAAGAAUUAAAAGUGCAGCUACAAGAAUUACUCGAUAAGGGUUUCAUACGCCUCAGUAUCUCUCAUUGGGGUGCACCAGUGCUAUUUGUUAAGAAGAAGGAUGGUUCGCUGCGAUUGUGCGUGGAUUACAGACAACUCAACAAGGUGACUGUCAAAAAUAAAUAUCCACUACCCCGUAUAGAUGAUUUGUUUGAUCAGUUAAAAGGAGCGGGUGAUUUUUCUAAAAUUGACCUAAGAUCAGGUUAUUAUCAGCUCAGAGUAAAGGAUGCAGAUAUUCCAAAGACUGCGUUUAGGACCCGAUAUGGGCAUUAUGAAUUCCUUGUUAUGCCAUUCGGUUUGACUAAUGCUCCAGCUGCAUUUAUGGACUUGAUGAAUCGUAUCUCCGGGUAUUACAGUAUCUUUCACCCUUUCUUAGACCAGUUUGUUGUUGUAUUCAUAGAUGACAUUCUUGUCUAUUCAAAGACAAAAGAAGAGCAUGAUAGGCACUUGAGGAUUGUGUUACAAAUGCUAAGGGAGAAACAGCUUUAUGCUAAAUUCAGCAAAUGUGAAUUUGGGUUGAAUGAAAUAUCUUUUCUGGGACGUGUAGUAUCUGCAGAAGGCAUAAGAGUCGAUCCCAAAAAGAUAGAGACUAUCCUUGCAUGGAAGCCACCCAAGAACAUUACAGAAGUCAGAAGCUUCUUGGGGUUAGCUGGUUAUUACAGAACGUUUGUAAAAGGAUUUUCUCAAAUAGCUGCUCCACUGACAAGAUUGUUGCAGAAAAAUGUCAAGUUUGAAUGGAAUGACAAAUGUCAGGCCAGUUUCGAUCGAUUAAAGGCUAUGCUCAUAGAGGCACCUGUCCUUACACAACCAGUGUCAGGUAAGGAUUUUGUAAUUUAUAGUGAUGCCUCUCACAAUGGACUUGGUUGCGUGUUGAUGCAAGAUGGAAAAGUUGUUGCUUAUGCUUCCAGACAAUUAAAGUCACAUGAAAGAAACUAUCCCACUCAUGAUUUAGAAUUAGCAGCCAUAGUCUUUGCAUUAAAGAUCUAGAGGCAUUACUUAUAUGGUGAAAAGUGUUAUAUUUAUACGGAUCAUAAAAGUCUAAAGUACUUGCCAACUCAAAAAGAGUUAAAUUUGAGACAAAGGAGAUGGAUGGAGCUGUUAAAAGACUACGAUUGUAUUAUUGACUACCACCCUGGCAAAGCAAAUGUGGUGGCAGAUGCUCUUAGCAGAAAACAUUUGCUAGCGCUCAAAGCUAUGAAUGCUCACUUGACAUUGGCGAGAGACGGAGCUGUUAUUGCAGAACUGAAAGUUAGGCCCAGUUUGCUUCAACAAGUCCAGGAAGCUCAAAAGGAAGAUAAAAAUAUGCAGCGAAGGUAAGACAAAUAUAGAAAGGGAAGGAUAGCAGGUUUGAAAUUAAAGCCGAUGGUUGCUUAUAUUUCCAAAACAGAAUAUGUGUGCCAGACAUAACUGAGUUAAGGAAGAGUAUACUUGAAGAGGCUCAUAGUAGUCCAUAUGCAAUGCAUCCUGGUAGUACAAAAAUGUACCAAGAUCUGAAGAAAAAUUAUUGGUGGCGAGGAAUAAAAAGAAACAUAGCAGAGUUUAUUUCGAAAUGCUUAACCUGUCAGCAAGUAAAAGCAGAGCACCAAGUUCCUUCUGGUUUGCUACAACCAAUUUCUAUACCAGAAUGGAAAUGGGAUCGAGUUACUAUGGAUUUUGUCACUGGUCUGCCACCCACACCAAGAAAGAAAGAUGCGGUAUGGGUGAUUGUUGAUAGAUUGACAAAGUCUGCACAUUUCUACCUGUCAGAACAUAUUAUUCCCUUGAAAAAUUAGCAGAAUUGUACAUAAACGAGAUAGUACGACUACAUGGCGUACCUCUCUCUAUCAUAUCUAACAGAGACCCGAGGUUUACAUCAAGAUUUUGGGAGAAAUUGCAUGAAGCCUUGGGUACCAGAUUGAAUUUCAAUACAACUUUUCAUCCCUAAACAGAUGGACAGUCAGAGAGGGUAAUUCAGAUCUUAGAAGACAUGUUAAGGAGUUGUGUUAUUGAAUUUGAAGGAAGCUGGGAAAAGUAUCUUUCAUUAAUGGAAUUCGCUUACAACAACAGCUACCAGUCCAGUAUUAAAAUGGCACCUUAUGAAGCAUUCUAUGGGAGGAAAUGCAGAACUCCUUUACGCUGGACAGAGCUAAGUGAAGAUAAGCUUGUGGGUCCUGACUUGAUAAGACAAACAGAAGAAAAUGUUAAGAUCAUCAAGGAGAGGUUAAAGGCAGCAUCAGACAGACAAAAGUCAUAUGCAGAUAAGAAAAGGAAGAAUAUAGAGUUUUCAGUGGGCGAUAAAGUAUUCCUUAAAGUUUCACCUUGGAAGAAAGUGCUGAGAUUUGGCAAAAAGGGCAAACUGAGUCCUAGGUUUAUCGGUCCUUAUGAAAUUAUGGAACGUGUAGGACCGGUAGCCUACAAGCUAGCCUUACAAUCAGAACUUGACAAGAUACACAAUGUCUUUCAUGUUUCCAUGCUUAGAAGAUACAGGUCAGAUCCCUCUCAUAUCCUCCCAGCAGAAUCUGUGGAUGUACAACCAAACUUGUCAUAUGAAGAAGAACCUGUGAAACAAAAGAAUUCCUCUUGUUAAAGUCCUAUGGAGGAAUCACAAAGUAGAAGAAACAACUUGGGAGAGCGAAGAUGUCAUGAAAGCACAGUAUCCUCAUCUCUUUAAUACAGAUAAAAUUUCGAGGAUGAAAUUUUUAUAAGAGGGGUAGAGUUGUAACAUCC